GUCUCAUCCUCCCAUGCGCACCAUUCGGACAGCCAGGCUUUCGACUCCUUUCCGUUCAGACAAUACUUUACAUUGUCCGGCCGGCUCUUCACAAUCUCUUCCCACUUCGAAAGUUUUGUGAAUCUGAACUUUGUUAUCUCUUGCCCACAGACGACGGCAUGCACGGCAGUUUCUUACUCGCUUAGAGCCGCCAUAGCCCAAUUAUCCUUUCAUUUGCCAAGGUCCCGUCAGAUACGGACACUUCGUAUGUUCGUAAGCAGCUUGCUUGGUGACUUAGGUCAGCGGUCAGCCCGCCCAAGGCAUCAUCCGGGCAUGCAAGAUCGGUCCACCGCACCACUUGAACCAGUCCUUCAUCUCGUUGGCCGAGUCAACCCUAGGCUCUGCUCCAUGUAUAUUGCCCAUCUUCGUCCUCCCAUCAUCCACAAGGGCCUGUCCCAGCCAGCGAGCUUGAAUUCCGCCAAUCAAGCCGAAGUGUAUAUCGUAACCCAGGUCCAAUUGAGCUCCUCAGGCCUGGAACGGAGUACACUUUUGUGUACUACUUUCCCUGAUGGAGUUCGGAUGACGAGAUCUCGGUUCCUUCCAGAGGUGGUAGCCGUUUCCCGGUCCCCGUCUGACCUUAAAGUUUCUUUUGUUAAAUUCUUCGCGAACCUCUUUUCUCCAAGAGUUUCCAAGCUAUCUCUUUGCUAGUCACUCUCUUCUAACACUACAUAGCAUUGCCUAUUUCUUUACCUCUGUCGAUCAAGUUACUCUUCAUCAUGCGCUUCGGUUCCAUCUUUUCACUCGCAGCUGGGCUGCUGAGUGCCACCGUUCAAGCCUACGGUAAUCCGGGAGCCUGUUCUGGCCAGUGCUGGAGUCACGACCCUUCCGUUGUCCGUCGCGAUGAUGGCACCUAUUUUCGUUUUGAAACUGGCAGCAAGAUCGGCAUUUGGAAGGCUCCCGAUUUGGUAGGCCCCUGGACCUACCAAGGAGCUGCUUUGCCAUCGGGUAGUAAGAUCAACCUAAAGGGCAAUGAUGAUCUCUGGGCUCCCGAUGUGAACAAAGUUGGCGAUCAGUACAUUCUGUACUACACCGUCUCCUCUUUUGGCGUCCAAAACUCAGCCAUCGGUUAUGCUACCUCCACCACCAUGGAGUUUGGCUCCUGGACUGACCAUGGCGCCACCGGGGUUGCUUCUUCAGCCGGCAGCCGUUACAAUGCCAUCGAUGCUCAGCUCGUCAAGUCUGGUAGCAACUACUUCCUGAAUUUCGGCUCCUUUUGGCAGGACAUUUUCCAAGUGCCUCUGAAUGCGGCUGCAACCAAGGCCAACGGCAACCCAUACAACAUCGUUCUGAACACCACUGCUCCUCAGCCCGUCGAGGGUGCCUUCGUCUACGAGCGCAGCGGCACCUUCUGGGCCUUCUUCAGCUCAGGCUCCUGCUGCGGCCUCGACGCCAACCGCCCGACCCCCGGAAACGAGUACAAGAUUUUCGUGUGUCGUGCCUCUUCUGUCAAUGGUCCCUAUACCGACAAAAGCGGCAAGAGCUGCCUGGCCGGCGGCGGCACUCUUCUUCUUCCUUCUCAUAACAAAAUCUAUGCUCCUGGUGGCCAAGGCGUCUUGGUUGAUCCCAAGCGUGGUGCGGUCCUCUAUUAUCAUUAUUUGAAUACCGACGUUGGCUAUGCCGAUUCUCAGACUCUAUUUGGCUGGAAUGUCAUUUCGUGGUCCGGCGGCUGGCCUUCUGUCUAGGUAGAUUCCAAGACACGGAAGGAACUACCGGUCGAGGUAGAUGAGUGAUGUUACAUUCUUGUUCAUAUUGUAGCUCCGCAUGUGUUUAGGGGCAUGUAUAUACUUUGCGCCCCAGAAUGUCACCUUUAUACCGAUGGGAGUGUGUGAUGCUGGAUACUUAUCAAACCC